GCGGGCUUGGCAGUGACGCAGGGCCCUCACGUGACCCGGGGCUGCAGAGCGACGCAGCCUUGGGUGCAGUCGUCACGAGCGUCUGGCCAGCAGCUCGGAGCUCCUCUGCGCGCGGCGGGCUGGCAGCGGGCCCGAGGCGAGCGGGACAGAUUGACUGGAAGCCGAGAGUCCAGGCGGCAGCGGGAAUUGACAGGAGGACUACGCCGCAAGGGAUAGGCCCAGAAUAGCAACCAGGAAACAAAAUCUCAUCAUGGCCAAUGUCCACCAGGAAAACGAAGAGAUGGAGCAGCCCCUGCAGAAUGGACAGGAAGACCGCCCUGUGGGAGGAGGUGAGGGCCACCAGCCUGCUGCAAACAACAACAACAACAACCACAACCAUAACCACAACCACCACCGAAGAGGCCAGGCUCGCCGACUUGCCCCUAACUUCCGAUGGGCCAUUCCCAACAGGCAGAUGAAUGACGGGUUGGGUGGAGAUGGAGAUGAUAUGGAAAUGUUCAUGGAGGAGAUGAGAGAGAUCCGGAGAAAGCUUAGGGAGCUACAGCUGAGAAAUUGUCUACGCAUCCUUAUGGGGGAGCUGUCUAACCACCACGAUCACCAUGAUGAAUUCUGCCUUAUGCCUUGACUUCGGUCAUUCCCCCCUGAGAUCCAUACUGUGACUCCCGCUGUAGCCCUUUUCCUCGCAUUUUCCUGACAUGCCUUUAAUGACCCGUUUGUGGUGAGCCUUGUGUUAUUUCCAUGCCAUGUGCCAGGUGGGGCUUGUGUUGCCAGCUUCUAAUUGGAGAUUGCCUUCCCACUCAGUGUGAGUUUCUGUCAACAGUGCAGUGUUGCCCAUUAGCAUGGAAAGCAAUGUCAAGUCAAUAAAGCAACUGAAUAAUCAUUAUUGUGUCCUUAAAGCAUAAAUAAACAGUUAAGAUUAAAAAAAAGAGCCACAAGAA